CCCCCAUUUUCUUACAACCAAAAUUUCCUCUCAGAGAAAGAAAGACAAUCACUGCUCUAUGGUACUGUCGAGAACCUCGUUUGCAUACACCACCCAAUGCUCAAAACACAAAGGAUUCUCUCACACACAUACACACACUGCUCUUUUCCUUUUCUCCCAUGAGAAAUAAAAAGUUGAUGGCCAAAUCCUAUUUCAUCAUCAUCCUGCUCCUCCUCUGUCCCUUCGCUAUUUCAUGCUGGAUAAUCUAUCCGGACAGCAGGUGCAAUCCGGGGCUCAUACGAAUCUACCAGUGGGCAUCAGGUUUUGCGAGCCUCCACGUCCCGAAAUACACAGUCCAAAUAAUCAACGAGGCAUGGCACAGUAAGGGAGUGUAUGAUGUACAGAUUGGGUGUCCUGCCUUUGCAUCGACGACUCUGAUUGAUCCCAUGGUUUUGCGGCGGACAGACAUGGCCAACUGUCUGCUCAAAAACGGCAGCAUCAUCCGACCUGGAGAAGUCAUCACCUUCGACUACUCCAACCUACUUCCUUAUCCUUUCAUCGUCCUCAACAUCAAAUGUCUGUACUGAGUUAAUGUUUUCAUGUCUGUCACUGUGGUUUUAGUUAUUGAUGUUGAAAUGGAUUGAGUUCUUGGUUGGAAAUGAUGUGAAAUAAUCAUGUAAAUUGGACAUAUUUAAUUGUUUUUAAAUUAAGAUUUUGAUGGGAAUAAGGAUGAAAUUUAGA